UGGUUUUUCUAUAAUUAAGGGGAAGCUUUUUACCCCUCUUUUAGCUAUUCUCCACAAUUCAAGAAGAGACAUCCUUGAGGCUUCCAUUUUAUAUAUAUAAAUUGAAAUUGAUGAUAUGGAGCUCAAAUACUCUAGGAUAUGUAGUCCUAGGAUUUGUUCCAUUCACCUCAAUCAAUUAACUUUAGUGGUUAGGGGUGUACACCGAGCCGAAAAAUCCGGUCCAAUCAGGUGACCGGUCCGACCCGGUGGUUAUCGGGCUACCGAUUACGUUUUUAUCGGAUCGGGCUAAAAUUAACCAUGAUUUGGACUGCUAAACACUAGGCCCAAAUGAGCCCAAUAAAAUAUCAAAAGAGAGCUCAGCCCACAACUAAAUAAUAUAAAAGGGUAAAAUAGUUGUGGAAAAAAAGGCAUUUGGAACGGCGGGAGGUAAUUGCUUGGCGGGGACCUAAAAUCAGAGAAGAUAGAGAAGGAGAAGGAGAGGAUGUGCGAGAGGAAAGUUUCUCAGCCUGCGCUGGAACGAGCACAAGCGGAUUCUUUAGAGAUGAAGCCGGUGAGGAUGAGGAAAUGGGAAUCUCAAAAACAGGGUAGCCAGAAACCCGUUCACGGUUUGUCCAUGGACAGUGAACCGAAGAAGACGAAGAGGGGGAGCACGAGCAAGGUGCAGAAGGUGGUAUCUCCCUAUUUUCCGCUACCGAUUCCUGAAAAAGACGAGGAAAUCGUGGUCCUCAAGAAGAGGGGGCGGACGAGGAAGGUACAGAAGGUGGUAUCUCCCUAUUUUCCUAUACCGAUUCCUGAGAAAGACGAGGAAAUCGUGGUCCUCAAGAAGAGGGGGAGGGCGAGGAAGGUGCAGAGGGUGGUAUCUCCCUAUUUUCCGAUACCGAUUCCUGAGAAAGGCGAGGAAAUCGUGGUCCUCGAAAAGAGGGGGAGGACGAGGAAGGUGCAGAGGGUGGUAUCUCCCUAUUUUCCGAUACCGAUUCCUGAGAAAGACGAGGAAAUCGUGGUCCUCGAGAAGAGGGAGACGAAUGGAAGGAGCGCACGUGGUGGGAAGAGCCCAAAAGUUGAGGUAACUUCUACCACGGAUCUUGAAUCAAAUGCCAAUUCGCUGUUUGUAGACAAUGAGAGUGUGGGUUCUAGGAGUAAUUUGAUGGUAGGCGUUUCCAAUGGAAAGAAAGGGCGGAAAAGAGACGAGGGUGAGGGAGAGCUUGAUUGCAGUAAUCGCAGUCGGGUCACGAAGAGGAAGUGGAACGACCCUCUAUGUUCCCAGCAGGAUUUGAAUUCUGGGGUGAAGGAGGAAAAGAGGGAUGAAAAAGUGCCACAUUUUGUGAUUAGUAGUGGUACUAGGGGUGAAAAUGGCAGUGAAAGAGCUACCUCAUUUGGAAAGACAAGCUUCGAGGAUUUACUAUCGCAAUUCGAAUAUAAAGGCAAUGGCAUGACAAGGAAUAUUGGAAAACUGCGAGCAUGCAGUUCUCAUUUCCAGAAGGGUGUGAAAAAGGAAGAGGGAAACAGCAAUUGCAAGGGAGAUAGAAUAGCAUCUGUUAAAGAGUUCAACUAUUCACAAGAGAGCACUGCAUGCAUUCGAAAGAUGAGGCAGGGGAAUGCUGGAUGCAAAAAGUUGCCUAGAAUGCAUAAAACGCCAGGGUUUGUUAAGACUACUCUUUCUGCCUCCCAGAAGAAAGAUGAGGCAUAUCUACGAAAAACUUCUGACAACACCUGGAGACCUCCCCGUUCUGAAUUUGGACUCCUCCAGGAGGAUCAUGUGCAUGACCCUUGGAGGGUGUUGUUGAUAUGUAUUCUUCUUAAUCGUACUUCUGGUAAACAGGUUCGAGAAGCUAUACCAGGCCUCUUCGCUUUGUGUCCCAACGCUAAGGCUGCAACUGAGGUUGGGACAGCAGAAAUAGAAAGAGUGAUAGAGAAACUAGGUCUGCAGAAGAAGAGGUCGGUUAUGAUACAGCGUUUUUCUCGGGAGUAUAUGGAGGAAGGAUGGACUCAUGUGACUCAGCUUCAUGGAGUUAACAAGUAUGCUGCUGAUGCACAUGCGAUCUUCUGUACAGGAAAGUGGGAUCGGGUUACACCUUGCGAUUAUAUGCUUGAUUAUUAUUGGAAAUUUCUUCGUAGCAUCAAGGAUGCUCUGCCAUAGCGUUGCCUUGUUUUAUGUUUAGGAGCUCUAAUUUGUUGUUUAUUUUGGCAUAUAUAUGAAGUUGAACUGGAUCAAUGCUGUAGGGGGCUAGUUUUAGAGUGCUAAGGGUUAUGCUUAACUCAGGGUUCUUCUAUGUGUAAUUAUGUUUACUAUGUUUUGAGCCAGCUAAGUAAAUUUGUUUUAGUAUAAAUAUAUGUGUAUGCAUGACUAUUGAUGCA